AUGGAACGUUACAAUCCUCCCCGUCGCUACAGCACAAGGCGUAGCGCUCUAUACAGAAAUGAUUCAGCUGAGGAAACGCUUCGUACUGGUAUCAAACUCCACAGAAAGAGCCAGCCAAUCCUGCAGCCAACUACAGUAAAGACGAGGAUGCUCCCUGUUCGAGAGAGCUUUGGAAGUGUAACUCAGAGGAGCUGCUACAAGAUAGAGGUUUAUGUCAUCCCUGGGAUACUGCCUGGAUAUUACUUGUCUCCAGAGACUCGGAAUAUGUUUCUUACUUUCAGCAAGCACUGCGGUAUAAAUGGCUAUAAUACAGAAGAGACGCAGUUACCGACUGGAAAUAGUACAUAUACCUUGGAAAAGAAUUUCAAACCACCAAUGAUAUUUGAUUUACACCUUAAAGCAGACAGCUAUCCAGUUCAGUCUUUAUUGCGUAAUACGUGUGCUAUUCCCUUAAGUGGCGGAGAGGAUAUCGGGCCAAGAGAAGUGGUGGAUGUGGAGGUGCCUUUACCUCCACUGAAACAUUACGUUUACAACCGUGAUCAUGGUGGGGAGAAUUAUGAGAAGUCUAAUUUUGAGAGAUACUACAAGGGAGAGUUAAUAAGCUCUCAAUCUACUACGGCGCGGCCUGCGGAACGUAUGGCGGGAGAAUCUUGGUUCUUGGAUACCGAGUCGGAUGAAAGCGGCUGUUCUUCUGACGAAGGAACUAUAAUUUGGGCGCCCGAAAAAGACAACGUAUCUGCCAAUGUCACACGAUCUCUGGUAACGAGCUCUUUAAGUGACGACGACGGCACUCAGACCUCCUCCCUCUCUUCCUCACCUACAUCAUUGAAGAUUAUUCUCAACAUGUCGGAAGAUAUGAAUAACUUCACCAAAGUGGUCGGUCAGAAUUGCUCCUCUGAAUCCCUCCAUAUUCAAGCUUCACCAUCAACCUCCGGGAAGCACAUCACGUCGGUAGAUAGAGAGGCCUUAGUGAUUACAGACAUUGAUUCCAGUUCUUUCGUAUCGAUGUCAGUAAAUGAGAACGUUGAUCUUCAUACUUCUCAAAGGCCAAGUACUACAACUACCUGGUGCUCUGAACCGGACUAUAAAGGUACCAAACAUCUCUAUAACACUACAAGGCACCUGUCGAGAAUCAUGCAACAAAAUACUCGUCCGCUCACCCCCGCCGAAUUAGCUACUCUCGAACUCGAGGCAAUGGUGAUUGAAGACAACACCCAUCCCAAGCCUCCUAGGAGCAGGAGCUCAAACAAUGUUAGCACCUUCUUUAGAAGAGAGUCAGGUAGCAGUACCUCUAUUCACACUGCUCAUUCCGCUCCAAUACCCGCCCCAGCAACCGAAAGAAAAAGAACCUCCGCAGGAUUUCUCAGUGUGGAAAUGGAUCUCAGACUAAGGCGUGCCCGUGCUGAGGUUGAUAGCCUUAGAGAGACCGAACAACUUCAAGCCUCUCGUGGCAAGACUCUCAGUCACUCAUCCAUUAGAGCAGAGAGAGCUGAACUCUCUCAAAGUCAGAUUUCAACUGGCUCCCUCAAUCCCACUACCCCUACAGUUGAUCACUUCCAGGAAUACAUGACGCACUUUGAUCUCGACAAUGUGACCAACCCUCCGGCAAAGGGAUUUAUGGAGUCUGACGACUCAUCCGGUGAAGACGACAACGCAUCGGUUGGAACCAUUGUUCCUCCAAAGCCGACCAAGCCUCGGGGAGAGAGAGUGCAGAGAAGACGCAGGGUCAAGAAAGAAAAGCCGGUGAAGAAGUACAUCUUCUACGUUCCUGACAAUUUUGAGGAGCUUCUGGCUCAAGCACCAACCGAACCUCCGACAAGGCCUUUGCCUCCCAUUCCUACUGAGGCUCAGGCCCCAACUCCACUCCCGAAGGGACCUCUACCUCCGCUUCCAAGGGUAGCUCUCUCUCAAUCCGCCGAGGUUGAGGAGUCAACUCCCAAGAUUGAAGCGUUAACGAAGGAGUAUAGUGACUACCUAAACAACAUCAAUCGGGAUGAGUCAACCAGAGUUAAAUGCAAGAACAAAACGGAGCACAAGCCUGGGCUAGAGGCUGAUCUUGAAGCAUUUAUGGAAAGCGAGUCUCUAGCGGCGGACUGGAUGAGGGCGAAAAGAAAGAUCUAA